UUCGUGUCGUCUGGUUGUUGUGAUGUUAGUUUUGACGUUAGUAAAGAUAUUUCGUGUAAACUAAAGUAAAAACGUGUGCGUGAUAAACAUAUACAUUUAAAGUUGACAGAAAAAAAAAUAACGAUUCCUCAAUAAGUUGAUAAAUUAAGAAGCGUGUAUCUUAGCGAGACGAUAUAUAAAAACAGCUAGAAAAAGAUGUCGACUUGGCAGAAUCCUGGUGGUGGUUACUAUCCCGGCCAACAAGGCUAUCCAGGUUACCCAGGAGGUGGUUAUCCCCAGCAAGGUUAUCCGGGUGGAGCUUAUCCAGGAGGGCCUUAUCCAGGCGCACCACCACCAGCCGGUUUCGCACCACCACCAGGAGGUGCUCCCCCAUUCAUACCACCAACAUCUGCAGGCAUGUACGGGGCCAAUUACGCCCAGGAUCCCAUGCAGGAUGAAAUCAAGGGUUUUCAAUUCAAUGAUACGACCAUACGGCAAGCGUUCAUACGGAAAGUUUAUUCGAUCCUUAUGGUUCAGCUUUUGAUCACAUUUGGAAUCGUGGCCAUUUUCACGUACCAUAUGCCUACAAAAAAAUUUGCCUGGAGUAAUCCAUGGAUCAUGUGGGCGUGUUUGAUUGCCACUUUCGUCUUGCUUAUUUCCAUGGCUUGCUGUACAAGUGUUCGCCGUGAAGCCCCCAUGAACUAUAUCUUUCUCGGACUUUUUACUUUUGCAGAAGCAAUAAUGUUGGGCUUUGCUUCAAGUGUGAGCAAUCAAAAAUAUGUCAUUAUGGCUGUCGGUAUAACAGCCGUGAUAUGUUUCUCGCUCACGCUGUUCGCAUUCCAAACGAAAAUCGAUUUCACCGGCAUGGGCACGUACCUAUUCAUUGCAGCCAUAGUAUUUAUGCUGUUUGGUAUUAUCAUGAUGUUUUUCCGCCCAAGCAAUACAAUGCACUUAGUCUACAGUUCAAUUGGUGCUCUGCUAUUUUCGUUCUACCUUGUCUACGAUACGCAGCUAAUGAUUGGCGGAAGCCACAAAUACUCCGUGUCUCCCGAGGAGUAUAUCUUUGCUGCACUCAACUUGUACCUGGACAUCGUCAACAUUUUUUUGUACAUUCUUAGCAUCCUCAACGCCUCUUCCUCAGAUUAAGAGCUAUUUAUGCUUGUGUUCGUUGUACUCCCAUGUGUAUGGUGAAAAACAAAUAGCUGACAAAAAACUCGUGAAUAAGCAUAUACGCGAGUUUUUACAAGUUACUCUGGUUAGUUGUGUUGGUGUUCAACAAACAUCAUCUAUGGCCACGUAAAAACAUAAACUUUCGAGCCUUAAACAAUUAAUAUACGACAUUGAUGUUGUAUGUAACUGUGGUAUUUAUUUGUCACGAUCUCUUCACACAAUUUAAAAUAGAUUUUUUUUCAAGCUUGAUUCAUGUUUUGGCAAGUAAAAAUUUUUUUCCCAUUUUUUUUCUUAAAAUUUUAUUGAAAAUUCCCGUAAUUGGUUUGAAUACCAAAGAUGUCACAUGUGUAUUUCUAGUAGUUCCUUAAAAAUAUUUUCAUGAAGACUAAAACGUUUGAGUAAAGUGUUAUUUUUUGUUUAUUUUUCAUUUCACAUUCUAACCAGAGUUUCCACUGAGUUAUCAAUGACUUCAAAUGUCCAAAUUAUUUUCUUUCAAUGUCCAAAAGUUAAUAGAAUACAGAUUGAUACUCAGAUUAAUUUAAUUUCAAUUAAUGUUAAAACAAGUAAAUAAAAACACAAUUUGAGAGCUGUAGCUUUUUUAUCUAGCAGAUAAAAAGCAAAUCAAAGUAACAAAAUUUUAUAAAAGCUAGCUGCACUUGUUUGGUUAUCAUCUAACGAUCAUUAUUAACUAAUAUAGGGAUGAAAGUGAAUUGCAUUGCUUAAAUAGCAAAUCGAGCUAAUUUUAAUCUACCAAAUCGUUUGACGCAACCAAUUAAAUGUAAUGUAUAGCUAAGUCGAUAAUACAAAUAAAGAAGAAAACUGUUUCGACUGUUACUCUGCGAGUCACUAUCACAAUUUCAUUAUGCAAUAAAAAUUAAAUGAUAAAUUUUUGCGAUAUUUACUGUAACGAAGUUAGAAAACCAGAUUCAUCGAUCUUUAAAAAAAUCAUUGUUAGUGUUCUUAUUACCAUGAACGUUUAUUUUUGUUUCAACUGUGUCUAUUGUAUUUUCAAAGUACAUAAACCGCAUAAUGUUUCAUUAGAAUUUAAAUUACACGUACAUAUAUUCAUUGUAGCGUAUUUAUACGACAUGUGUUAUUAUAUACAUGUGCGGAUGAUUUUAUUCAUGCAUAUUUAAAAUAUUUAUUGUACAUUGUAAUUCAACGAUUUCCGACACGUUUAUAUAUAUUGCAUGUGAUUAUCAAAUCUGUUUUGGCGUAAAUGUAAGUAUUUUAUUUCUUCUUUCGUAUUGACACAAUUUAAUAAUUAUUUUAUUAAAGAAAUCAAAAA